UACUAAGUGACUCCUAUAUCAUAUAUUCAACCAAAAUAUUACAAUGCCCAACAAAGUGAAAAUACAUGUAGUUUAUUGUGGUGGAUGAGGGUAUCGCCCACGCUACGAACGACUAAAAGAUGAUUUAUCCAAAGACUAUGACCAAAAUGAAGUCGAAUUUUCUUCCGAAGGCACCCCAGAAGUAACAGGCUACUUGGAAGUCUUGGUUAACGGAACACUGGUUCAUUCUAAGAAAAACGGAGAUGGCUAUAUCGAUUCGGAAGCAAAACUCAAGAAAAUUUGUAACGCCAUUGAUAAAUGUUUACAGUAAAUAAAUUAUAUAUUAAUAGCCCUUAAUUAAAAAAUGUGGAAAAUUCAUCUUGGACUAAUUCCUUAUUUUAUUACAAAAUUUGAUCAUUUUAAAAUGUACACAGUUGAUUUUGGCCUCUUUUGGGUAUAAUUGUUUAUUUUUUUUACAAAAUUUGGUCAUUUAUUUCAUAAUAAAAUUUUAAUGAUGUUAACCUUUAUGAAAAUUGUGAGACUCCAUUUCAUAUCACAUGAGCACUAUAUGACGAGACUAGUUUAAACUGUUUCAGUGACUAAGCUUUGAUGAUUUGUACUUAUGUGUAUGAAUAUGAUAGUCCACUUGUCCUACUGUUUAAAAAACCUCAUUUUUGUCAAAACUAUUCAGUUUCUGUAACUUUUUUUCGUAUCUAUGCUUUACAAAUGUUGUGGUUUUGGUAACUUAUGACGUAUUAGAUCUAAAUGGUGACAUGAUUUAAUAUUGAGCACUCUACCAUACAUAACAUACUUUGCUGUUUUUGUUGUUUUGUUACAGAAUGGUGCUGUGGGUUUUCAGUUUUCCUAAAACGGAUAAAAAAAUGUGUGCUAGCAGUUUGAAGGUUUUAAAAUCAACUAUUAAUUCCAAAAACACUAGUAUGUAAAUAUGUGUGCUGUCAAUUUGAAGUAAAAAAAAAUUAUACUUUUUUUCAGAAAUGGUCUUAAAAUGAAAUAUAGAUUCCAAAAAAUGAAAUAUAGAUUCCAAAAAAUGAAAUAUAGAUUCCAAAAAAUGAAAUAUAGAUUCCAAAAAAUGAAAUAUAGAUUCCAAAAACUUGUAUGGUACAUGCCCUAAAACUGUAAAUGUUUGUUUUUUUCCUAAAGGCUAAAGAUAUUUUUAUCACAAAUACUGUAUAUCAUACUACUUCCAAGUUUACACCUCCUUAUCAAAUGUUGCUUCACUAUUGCUAACUAUACCUAUUACUUAUGUUUUUUUCCAGCAACGGAUUUUGUAUUGUCCACAAUAAAGAGAAAACGUGAUGUGUAAAACAACAUAUGUUUUUAAUGAGAAUAAACAAGGUCUU